AUGGCGGGUCAUACUGGCGUGGUGCAUUCACUGUGCUUUAGCAAGGAUGGGUCUGUUCUCGCUUCAGGUGGUGGGGAUAACACGGUGCGCAUUUGGGAUGCUAAGAGAGCAGAAGUGCGUGAGCUAGGUGUGAAGAGAGAUGUCACACAUUCCAUUGCUCAAGACAGCAUGUCCCAUCUUGGGACUUACCCAACUAAAAGAACACCAAUCUACAAUGUACAGUUCACUGGCACAAACAUCAUGAUGGCUCUGGGGGCAUUUCAAUCAGAAGGUUAA